AUUUGGAGCAAGUUAACCCUCACUUUGCAACGCCAUUGCAAAAUAUCUUGAUGGACUGGGAUGCUAAUAUCUUCCAAGUCAAAUAUGCAACGCCUCAUCAGCGUAAUAUCUCCUCCCGUGCUCCUUCAUAGGUCUCUUCACCUGCUCCCCCACGUUUCGAUCGUGUCAUGCAGGCUUGCCUGCGCCCAGGCCGCGCAAGAUAUUUAGGCCAUAGACUUCGCCUUGUUCCGGGCUCUGCGAUUAUCCCAUCAUGGAAACUUGUCGGUUUCCGUUCACGAAAUUUUGGCCCUCCUCCCUCCAUGGACAGCGUAGCGACCCUAUUGGUUCGAAGUUGGAACAAGGAGCGACCGUUGCCCGUGCCGCCCGAGGAGAAGAAGAACCCAUUGCGCUGGAUUUCAGAAUUGGAAAAAUUUAUCCCUUCGGAACUACGUGAGGAUGCGAAAGACGACGAUUACCUGGAAGAAAAGCCGGAGCAGGAGAAAUGUCUGGUUCUUCUAGACCUUUUGGAUCACGCUCGGAGCCCGGACUCCCUUGGUUAUGAUCUGCUGGCACACCUAGGUGUCAAACUCGGUAAAUGGCCCGCAGUUCAUGCGAUAGUCAACAGACUGCUUGACAAUGCCGAGGAAGCCGAAAAGCCUUUCUCAAGCCAAGGAACGGGUUCGCUCCCAUCAAACAUCGAUUGGGCAAGUCUCGGGUCCUUCGACUCGAUGACGGGUGAUGAAUGUGCGAAGCUUCGGGCUCCCGGAAUCCUGCAAAUUGAAGGGCAGAUAUCGUUGAACUCGAUUGAUUCGCACACAGAUGGUCCGCGUGUUACAAGCCGAAUGGGAGAGAAAUCCACUCGAAUUGGGACGAUGGAGGAACUAUGGCCCGCCUUGGGAAGCAUAGUGCUCGAGGCAGCUGAUCUGCCGCCGGAGGAAUCGCGAACUGCAAUGUUUUAUUUCUAUCGGAUUGUUGCCCGCCUACAUCACCUAGAUUACAUCCCGCAUGGAGUAUACAAAUACACUAAGUCGCACGUUCCAGAACAGUUGAAUCGUGGUACCCCUGCCAUGCAUCUUUUAUCAUCCCACAUCAUGAACGUUCUAUCAGAUGCUGUUUGGAUAGGCAAUGAGGUUGAUACGGCCGCGUUUGCUUUAGCUACUGGAAAAGACGUGUCAGCAGCAACCAAGUACAAAAUACAAGUCCGACCACUUGGGCCCGAAAUAUGGUUGGAAUUUAUCUUGUGGUGCUGUGUAGAAGGAGGGUUCAAUAUUGAAGGUUCCUGGAUAUUGAGACAAUUAGCAAUUAAAAAAUCCCGAUGGUUCGUUGAGAGCUUUGCGAGCCACUCCAUCCACUUAGAUGCGAUCACUUCGUCCAAAAUCGACCGAUAUGAUACCUGGGCUACUUGUGCCUGUGGGUCCAAAAGUGCAGAUGUUAGUGCGUCGGAGGGUCCUUUUGUAGGCCUGGGCAGGCGGACAAUAAGCAGCGAGGUGGUCACUUCAAUGAUGGAUGGGCUUAAUAACAGCGUCAAGGUCGGCGUCGGACAUCGAGGAGUUUAUUAUACCUCCAUUCUUGAUUACGUGGAGUCUCUAAUGCAGCUAUUAAAAGAAAAUAAUAUCUAUUUAAGGCCGCGAGACGUUGACCAUCUCGUCGUUCGCAUGAUAGAAGCUCGAGGGGUUGUGCCGGAGGUCGACCCUAAAUCUUUUGAAGAUGUGUUGAAGCUUGCUUCAAACCUUCCCAAUAUUGUGCCUGACGAGUCACUACAACCAAAUACCCGUUCCCACCCCCUUGACAAGUCUGGGGUUGUUUUAGGGCUAUAUCAUUAUGUAUUGGAAUCAUAUGCCAAUACGGAACACGUUUACAGAGCUCAUCGCCUUUUCGACAAACUCAUCGUUAGCAACCACUCAGCGAAGACAGUUGUCGAACACCAACUCUCUACAGAGCCCACUGAAAGUCCUGAGACGAAUUUGUUGGAAGGCGAAGGCACCGCGCAAGUAGCACCACAAGCGAUGUCUUCGAUCGCACGUUGGAAUGCAGCAUCCUUAACACGAUUCUCGAGUUUGUCUCUUUCACAAUUGCUAGCAGUGUCAAUCCUGUCAGGAGGGCAAGAUUUUGCACGUCAACUACUUUUUCCUGGUGAAGAUGGACGCGCAAUUAUUCCACGAGUUUGUUACUCGGACGAUCUCCUUGCGCCCGCGAUCAUUAGAUACGCAACAGCUAUAAACAACACAAAGCUACUUAGUAACGUUGCGGAGGACGUACCACUUCCAUGGCCAACUCCUGUUAUAAAGGCGUUUUUCGGCUAUGCUAUCCAGUACCACGACUGGGACCGAAUAAGUGAAAUUCUACUCUACCUUCAAAACAGUAGAGAUAGCUGGGAGUCCGAGGAAGUUGCUUCUCUAGCAGCAGGAAUAAUACGACUAGAUAAAGUAUGCAGCACUGGCGGGCCAGAAGGAAACCCCAAGCAAAACCAGCCAAGCCGUCUGAUGAAAGCCGGGGAAAUUCUAGCCAAGUUGCUUCAAGGUGAAUUCAACCCAAUGCCUAGAUAUUCCGAAGGGGGCAUAAAAUACCAUGAGGCGUUGCUUUUCCAAUUCUUAAGAAUGUUCAAAUCCAUCGGAGGAACCAUUUCCGAUAUAGGCGAGAAGGUAAACCCGCAGUGGAAAUCUAGGCAGCCACCCGCAAUUACCAUCCCCAGCUCUGCCUUCAAUCAAGUCCUGUCUGCCGUCGUGGAAACGAGUGGAAGCGAAGCGGGUAAACGGCUAUACCACCUCUGGUGUAUCGAUGGACCUCCCUCCAAUACCAACCUAGGUGGAAACGUGAUGCUACGCUCCACAGCGCGAACGCCUGAACGACUCCGUGGGAUAGGACAAAGAGUGCUUGAUCCACAGUUGGAUCUUGAUCAGCAUUCCAAGUUCGUCCAGCCGUCGUUGCAGACGGUACGAAUUAUUGCGCGAGCAAUGGUCCGUGAAGCUUACAUGUCCGAGUCCAACGCUAGGGAGAAUUAUUCAAAUAAUUAUGUCUAUGGGGAUAGGCAAGAUAUCUUCGGCUGGGUCAGGGGGCGUUUUGCGUUGUUCAAGUUGGAAAAUGAGGAUGUUUUGGAGGAGUUGCGCAACUGUUGGAUCGAGGUGGCACGAGACACUGCAGUGGACGGAAAAGAAGAGACUCAUUCUUCUUCGUCAGGGGCCAGUUUGGGCAAGUCGGAAAUAGCAAACCUCCUAAAAUCAACCGUGACCAAGGAUAAAGGCCCUAGGUAGGAUCCAAUGAAGUUUGUGUUGAGCAAACGCUACGGCCAUCGUGUGAUAUUCACGCCUUCCGCAUCUCCUUUACACGAAUCUAGCCAUCUUGAACUGUUCCUCCUCUCAAAUAUUUUUACACCUUACCUAUUUAUCUCAUACCCGGCGCUAGCAUCAGCAUCAGCAUCAGCAUCAGCAUCAGCGUUUCUUUAUAAAGUAUAAGGCAAAUACCCUUUCUUCGUUAUCCACAUUACAUGCUUAAUGGUUUCAUUUAUCAUAUUCCCCCAUGAUAUUAUAUAUAGACUUCCUUUCAUUAGUCACUACGUUUGUUGUCUCGUUCCGUUGCACGGAAGAUAUACCCUGCUUUAGUGGAGUAGGUCUUGGUUUGUACUUUAUGGAUUGUACGAUAAAAGAAAUGGAUCGCUUUAGUUUACAUCUACGGAGUAGAAUAUGAGGACCUGUGAAAAUGACGCCGAAAAUGACCACUUUUGGCGCGAGAAACGUCCGUCUUUCCACCGGCGAGCCGGCCAAGUACCAUCACUAUUCUGCAC